GCAGUGUUCUGCCGGUCAGUGAACCAAGUUCACGGUCAUUGACCGGAUUGCGUGGGAAAGCUGGCGAACUUCGUCGACGUUCAUCUGAACACGACUGAAAAUUCAGGAGUUUCCUGGUCCUACUGUAACGAACUAUACUAUAUAUAAACGCAUGGUUUUCGUGUGUUCGGUUCAAGGGUACGUUUUAAGGCUUAGAACUCGAAGAUGGACUCCCGACUUUUGACACACCAUGAAGAUCGGCAAGAGAUCAAACCAAGGAUGGUGGUGGGAUCACUUCGUGGAGCACCCAGGUUAUGCUGUCAAAGACCCAGCUUCGAUGGUCAGUGGAAAGGCAAAGGUAGUGUGUGCAAGGCUCUAUGAGCAACGUGUUGCGCAUGAGCAGGCAAUGGAUGAGCAGCAGGUACACUUGGGCCAGCGAGAUGCACCAAGGGACGAAGUGGCAAUAGCAGGCAUAGUUUGGGCUAGUGGCCCGAAUGAUCCCCAACGCACCUGGUUAAUCAGUCGACCGACAACACUAUUAUGUCACUUGCGUGAUUGUGCAUUGCACUCUGAGGAUGUCCGUUCGCAAGCACGGCUGGAAUACAAAAUGGCGCAAUCGGCUCUCAACUGAGACACUCACCCUUCUGGCAGAACUCAAGAUGUAUGUUCACGAAGAGCAUGUACGCAACGAUGUGGUCAAGAAGUGGCUUCAACGUCGGUACUGUGACACCGAGGCCACUGACAAAGCAGAGCCUACUCAAGUAGUUCAUGCAGUUGGCGACAAUCUAUCAGGAGAAAGCAGCGAACGGGAGCCACGCAGCCUCGCUUUCGAGAGGCGAGGGAUAAGUGAUGUUGCAACAGACCUUAUCCGAGCUGUUCAGGAGGAGGAGGAGAUUUCCACCACAGAAUCAAUGC